AUGGUUCGAGAAAAAGAAGCAAAAAUAAGAUUUAAAAAAACCUUGUCAAAAAUUAAUAAUGAUCAUGUUUCUACUAAUUCAGACAUUCUCUCUCUCUCUCUCUCUCUCUCUCUCUCUCUCUCUCUCUCUCUGAUUUUUAGGUUUAUCGGGGGCAAAUUCAAUACAACAUAUAAUGCUGUAGACCGCCAUGUUGAAAACGGUCUGGGUGAUCGAAUUGCACUGAUUUAUGAUAGCGCUGUGACUGACACAAUUUGCAACAUCUCAUAUGCUGAACUGUUGAACGAGGUAAAGCACUUUGCUGGUGUCUUGCAAAAACAUGGUGUCAGCAAAGGAGAUCGGGUCCUUAUUUAUAUGCCAGCCAUACCACAAACUAUCAUUGCUAUGUUGGCUUCUGCAAGAAUCGGGGCAAUUCAUUCAGUUGUUUUUGGAGGUUUUGGUUCACGAGAGCUUUCAACAAGAAUCCAACAUGCCAAGCCUAAAGUGAUUGUAAGUGCAAACUGUGGUAUUGAACCAAAACAUAUUGUCCAUUACAAACCCCUGUUGGAUAAAGCAAUUGAAAUGAGCAGUCACAAGCCAAGCAAAUGUAUUAUAUACAAUCGUCCAAAGACAGAUCCUGCGACAAUGAUCAAAGAUCAAGAUGUAUGUUACCUUGAUGAAAUGGCUUCUGCCAAACCUGUUGACUGUGUUCCCAUACUAGCAACUGACCCUUUGUACAUCCUUUAUACUUCAGGAACCACAGGAAUCCCAAAAGCUGUUGUACGCCCCAGUGGUGGUCAUGCUGUUGCUCUCAAGUGGGCCAUCCAAAAUGUGUAUGGUAUCAAGCCAAGUGAGGUGUGGUGGGCAGCUUCUGAUCUUGGAUGGGUUGUUGGACAUUCAUUCAUUGCAUAUGGUCCUUUGCUUAAUGGUAACACUUCCAUUCUCUUUGAGGGAAAACCAGUUGGGACACCUGAUGCCGGUUCUUAUUUUAGAGUUAUCAAGCAACAUGAUGUAAAUGCCAUGUUUUUGGCUCCAACAGCUCUCCGUGCUAUUAUAAGAGAGGAUCCUAAAGGUGAAACUGUUAAGAAAUAUUUACCACUUGAUAAGUUCAGAGCAAUGUUUGUUGCUGGUGAACACUGUGAUAAACACACAAUGCAAUGGACAAAGAAUUUAAUCCAAAAACCUGUUCUUGACAAUUGGUGGCAAACAGAGACUUCUUGGCCAAUUACUUCCACAUGUCUUGGACUUAAUAUGAAUACAGAUCCACCUCAUGGAGUUUCUGGAAAACCAGUUCCUGGAUGGAAUGUGAAGGUAUUGUCCCCUGAUGGCAAAAAAGAUGCUGAACCUGAAGAUCUUGGUCAAAUUGUAGUCAAGUUGCCCUUGCCUCCUGGUGCCUUUUCAACACUCUGGGAAAAUGAUGAAGGAUUCAAAGAAAUUUAUUUUUCAAAAUAUCCAGGCUAUUACAACAGUAUGGAUUCUGGUUUACGGGAUAAACAGGGUUACAUCUCUGUGCUUUCUCGAUCUGAUGAUGUUAUCAACGUUUCUGGUCAUCGAUUAUCCACUGGAGCCUUGGAAGAGGCUAUUAUGCAAAUAAGUGAUGUAGCUGAUGCAGUGGUUAUUGGAGUGCCAGACCAACUUAAGGGUCAGAUACCUUUAGGUCUUUGUGUACUAAAGACAGGUGUUAAAAAAGAUAAUGAUGAAGUGAUAAGUGACAUUAUAGAAACAGUACGAAACAGCAUUGGACCAGUUGCAUGUUUCAAGCAAGCCAUUGUUGUUCCUGGACUACCAAAAACCAGAUCUGGAAAAAUUGCCAGAAAUACAAUAGCUGCCAUGGCUGCUGGAAAACCAUUCCAGAUUCCUGUGACUAUUGAAGAUCCGAAUGUCUAUCCCCACAUCAGAACUGCACUACAAUCAAUUGGACUUGCUAAAGGCAUGAAGUUAUUUCGAGAAUUUGCUUGCUAUUUCGAAAUCGAUUUAUCUCCCUUGUUCUUCUUCGUCUCCGCGUUGUCGAUUGAUAAGAAGCGGCGUCAGUUGUGCGCUCUUGUUUAUAAAAAUAAGACAACAGCAAACAAAAGGGAUAAACACGUUUGGGAUUUGUUUGCGCAAGAAAUUUAUUAUACACCAGAUCCGUUUUUUUUUUUCUUGACUGGCGAUAAAUCCAGUUCUGAGAUGUCUGAAUCCGAUGGAGAAGUAUUUGCCUUUCAGGCAGAAAUUGCUCAGUUGAUGAGUUUGAUCAUCAACACUUUUUACUCCAACAAAGAAAUCUUCUUGAGAGAAUUGAUCUCCAAUGCCUCAGAUGCCCUGGACAAGAUUCGUUAUGAGUCCUUGACUGAUCCUUCCAAGUUGGACAGUGGCAAAGAACUGUCUAUCAGAAUUGUCCCCAACAAGGAGGACAACACAUUAACCAUUAUUGACACUGGUAUCGGAAUGACCAAGGCUGACAUGGUGAAUAAUUUGGGAACAAUUGCCAAAUCUGGAACAAAGGCUUUUAUGGAGGCCUUGCAGUCUGGAGCUGACAUUUCUAUGAUAGGUCAAUUUGGUGUUGGUUUCUAUUCUGCUUACCUUGUGGCUGACAAAGUGACUGUUGAAUCUAAACAUAAUGAUGAUGACCAACAUGUGUGGGAAUCCUCUGCUGGUGGUACCUUUACCAUCAAGAACUCCUCCUCUGAGCCCUUUGGCCGUGGUACAAAGAUUGUCCUUCACUUGAAGGAAGACCAGCUGGAUUAUAUGGAAGAGAAACGUAUAAAGGAAGUGGUGAAAAAACACAGUCAAUUCAUUGGCUAUCCCAUCAAGCUCUAUGUGGAGAAGGAGCGUACCAAAGAAGUGUCUGAUGAUGAGGAAGAGGAGGAAGAAAAGAAAGAGACAGACAAAAAGCCUGACGAAGAAGAGGAUGAAAAAAUAAAAUUGGAAGAUGUUGAAGAUGAUGAAGAUGAAACAAAAGGUAAAAAGAAGAAAAGUGUCAAAGAAAAAUAUUAUGAGGAUGAAGAAUUGAACAAAACGAAGCCAAUUUGGAGCAGGAAUCCUGAUGAUGUGAAGAACGAAGAAUAUGGUGAAUUCUAUAAAUCCCUCACAAAUGACUGGGAAGAACAUUUGGCUGUAAAGCACUUUUCAGUGGAAGGUCAACUGGAAUUCCGUGCACUACUCUUUGUCCCCAAAAGAGCUCCAUUUGACAUGUUUGAGAACAAGAAAAAGAAGAAUAACAUAAAGUUGUAUGUACGCAGAGUCUUCAUCAUGGACAAUUGUGAGGAUCUCAUCCCUGAAUAUCUAAACUUUGUCAAAGGAGUUGUUGACUCUGAAGAUUUGCCAUUAAACAUUUCCCGUGAAACCCUGCAACAGAGCAAGAUCCUGAAGGUGAUCCGCAAGCAUUUGGUGAAAAAAUGCAUAGAGCUCUUUGAUUCGUUGGCAGAGAACCAAGAAGACUACAAGAAAUUUUAUGAACAGUUCUCAAAGAACAUAAAACUUGGAAUUCAUGAAGACCAUACCAACAGGAAGAAAUUGGCAGAAUUCCUCCGUUACCAUACCUCCAGCUCUGGAGAUGAAGUGGUCUCUCUUAAAGACUAUGUUUCUCGCAUGAAGGAAAAUCAAAAGAGUAUUUAUUAUAUAACUGGUGAGAGCAAAGAAGCUGUGAAAAAUUCUGCUUUUGUGGAGAAAGUCACCAAAUCUGGUUGUGAGGUUCUCUACAUGGUGGACCCAAUUGAUGAGUAUGCUGCCCAACAGCUGAAGGAAUUUGACGGCAAAAACCUGGUCUGCGUUACCAAAGAAGGUUUAGAAUUGCCAGAAGAUGAAGAAACCAAGAAGAGAUUUGAAGAGGCCAAGAACGAAUAUGAAGAUCUAUGCAAAGUUAUCAAAGAUAUCUUGGAAAAGAAAGUUGAAAAGGUGGUUGUCUCCAACCGACUUGUGGAUUCCCCUUGUUGUAUUGUGACCAGUCAGUAUGGUUGGUCUGCCAACAUGGAACGCAUCAUGAAGGCCCAGGCUUUGAGAGACACCGCCACAAUGGGAUACAUGGCAGCCAAGAAGCACUUGGAAAUCAACCCUGACCAUGCUAUCAUCAAGGCUCUAAAGCAGAAAGUCGAUGCUGAUAGGAAUGAUAAGAAUGUAAAGAACUUUGUGGUUUUGAUGUACGAAACGUCUCUGUUGGCAUCUGGUUUCAAUCUUGAAAAUCCCCAGUCGCAUGCUUCCAGGAUUCAUCGAAUGAUCAAAUUUGGGCUUGGCAUAGAUGAGGAUGAAGAAGUUGUGGAAAGUGGUGGAUCAGGAGACUCUGUGGAUGCUGAACUGCCUCCUCUGGAAGAUGACGAUGAUAUGUCCAAAAUGGAAGAAGUUGACUAA